AUGCCCCAGCAGUCCGAAGCAAAAUACCUCUGGGACCUGACCGAAGUCCCGGCUGGCUGGUCCCUGGCCACGGUCAUCGACGCUUUUGUCCACUUGGCUGCUUAUGCUCCUGCGGAUCGAGCUCUUGAGGCGCUGAAUGGGCGGCUCGUGGAGCUCUGGGCCUCGCAGCCGGCGGAGGCCCAGGCCUGGCUCGAGCGCUUGGGAGAGCUGAACACGGCGACGAGGGCGGAGAGGCUCUGCGAGGCGCUGCGCCGGCACGGGGCGGCCGAGUGUGGGAAGUACAAGAAGUGGGGCGGCUGGCGCUUCUCCGAGGCGGGGCUCCUUCGAGAAGAGCCAUGCCGCCCAGCAGCGGAGCGGGAGCGCUUGACGGCUUUGUACCUGCUUAAGUUCCACACCCGCGCUCGCUGCCGGGAGCUCGUGGAGCGGCUCGAGCAGGCCGAGAGCCAGGAGACGGCUCGGAAGCGGCAGAAGCUCGAGGAGGAGCCUUCCGAGAGCCGGCGCCUCGAAGCGAAGCUGCAAAGCUCGCAGGAGGAGUGCGAGCAGCUACGUAGCCGCUUAGCUGCAGCAGAGGCGGAGGUUUCCGACAAGGCCUCAGGGCUGCAAGCUGCUCAAAGCGAGAGUGAAGAGCUUGCGCACCGUGCGGCAGCCGCAGAGUCAGCUGCCGCGCAGAUGCAGAAGGAGCUCUGGCGUGUGCAAGAGGAGCACAGCCAGUGCCAGGAGCGUUGCGAGGAUUUGGCUCAUCGUUUGGAGGCGGCAGGGGUUCAGAAUGCUCAGACCAAGGAGGCCUACGCCGCCGCUGAGAAGCAGUUCGAGGUGCAGCGGACGCAAGGAGAGAGCUGCAGCUACCACGCGCUAGAGGGGAGCAAGGCUGAGCUGCAGAUCCAGAAUGCAGUGCUGCAGGAGAGAUGUGAUCAGCUCAGGCAGCAGCUUGCUAAAGCCGAGGCGAAGGUGGAUCUCCUGCAAGGUCUGCGGGAAGAGAUCGGCAUGUACAAGGAGCGCCUUCGUGAGCAGGUCAUUAAGACCAAGAGCUGCCAUCGCUUGGAUGGUGGCGGUGGCACAUCCAGCGAUCUUCUCACCCGGAAUCUUACCCCAGCUCCCAGCGACGCAGCCGUUGACUUGGAUGAUGAGAAGUCGGAUCUUGCCGAGCAAUUGGGGUACAGCCUUGUCGAUGAAGAUGGAGCCUCCGUCCUGAGUGGUUCCUCCGGCUAUUCGGUUCAGCAGGACUGCUUCAUGCUGGAUGCAAUCUUCAAGAGCCGCAUGGACUUCUUUUGCCAGGGGAAGGACCUGCAGAAAGGUUCGCAGGUCGUGGCUGGUGAUGGUGAGACCAUUUUGGAAGUGGUCGAGAUCUCGAAGGAAUCGCAGGCCACGAACGUGGUCGACCUCCAAGCGGGCCAGGCAACAUUGCGAGUGACCCCGGACCACCCCGUGCAGGUCCCCGAUGAAGGUGGCAAUUCGGGACGCCCUCUUUACAUGCCGGCGGGCAAGCUGAAGGUGGGCGAAAAAGUUAUGCUUGACUCAGGGGAGCGAGUUGCGCUUACCAGUGCCGAGACACGCCCCAUGGAGUGCAGCGUGCUGAAGAUCGUCUUCGAGCCGGACUUGCCUGUGGCCGUCUUCUCCAGCCCAUCCUGCAUCCUCAGCAAGGGCCACAAGAAGAAGACGCAGGCGGGGCGUCGUGGUGGCAUGUGCCAGAGAGGCAAAGAAGCUUCCGAUCCGAUGGAUGGAGCUUCGAUUCCGGACACGGCAGCCGGGGAGUACAUGGACUGA